GGGAGAGAGAGAGAGACAGAGACAGAGAGAGCUCCAAAUGAUUUCCAUCUCCAAGUAAACGCAAAGAAAACAAAAAGAAGGGGUUUUUAUAUGCGUAUGCGUAUACAGACGCACACACUCUUGAGUCUUGAAUACCAACUGCCGUACUAUUGCCAUAAUGCAGCAAAAGUUCAGAACAGCCUCCACCUUUCUAAUUUGCUGGUCGUAAACUCCAGACCAAGCCGACCGUUCUGAGUUACUGCAACAAAGGUGAUGAAAAAGGCUCGAGGGGUUUGCAAAUAGCUUGGAGCUUGGAAUCCUUACUCAGUACAUACUGUACAUUGUAUCAUCAUCGACAAGCUUCAUAAGAGUGUACAUCGAUCAUGAGGCAACGCAGUCUGACUUGGCAAGAGAAUGAGACGCCGUACGUGGAUAUUGAGGCACAAAUACCCGAGAAUGGAGAAACUGAAGCCGAUUCAGAAGAAAAGAAAACAGCCACAAAAAGGGAUAGUAACCCAGUGAGGUGGCUCAUUCGGAAGUGUAAUAUCGACCCACAAGGGAGGUUCAUUCGAACUUGGGAUUUGAUAUUUCUCCUAUCUUGUCUGAUUGCAGUAUCAGUGGACCCUUUGUUCUUUUACCUUCCUGUGAUCAAUGAAGACAGAACGUGCCUUACUUUAGAUAACAGAUUAAAGAUCACAGCUACUUGUUUGCGAUCGGUUCUGGACUUCAUCUCUCUUUCAGAUAUUAUUUUGCGAUUUAUUUGUCCUUUUACAAACGAGGAUUCUCCUGAUCAACAACAUGGACAAACAAAUUUAGUUAAAGAUGCUUGGCCAAUAGCAAAGAGGUACUUGUUUUCCCGAUACUUCCUAAUUGACAUUCUCGCUAUUCUUCCAGCUCCACAGGUGGCAGUUCCAAUUAUAUUUUCAGAUAUGGGAAGUCAGACAUAUUGGAAAAUAUUCCUGGGCACUGUCGUUCUCUUUCAGUAUGUGCCGAGAGUUUUACGAAUCUUCCGAGUAUGGAGUAAGGUUGACAAGAGUACCACCAUAUUUAAAGCUGUAUCAUGGUUGAAUGCUGGAAAUUAUUUUUAUCUGUACCUCUUUGCCAGUUAUGUGUUGGGUGCAUUUUGGUACUUUUUAUCCAUUCAACGACUGAUGGAUUGCUGGCACGUAGCCUGUAAACGUAAUAAGGGAUGCAACCCAAGUUCUUUUUUCUGUGACCACGAUGAUGGAAAUCACAUAUUUAAAAAGGAAUGGUGCCCUGUAAAAACACCAGAUUCAACAGCCUUUGACUUUGGAAUAUUCCGUGAAGCCCUUCAAUCCGUAAAAGCGUCACCUUUUCUUCAAAAGUGUCUGUUCUGUUCAUGUUGGGGCGUUCGAAAUUUGAGUUCUCUUGGUCAAAACCUUCAGACAAGUCCUUAUGAAUGGGAAAACGUUUUUGCAAUUUUUGUUACAAUCUUGGGCUUGCUUCUGUGUUUGUACUUCAUUGGAAAUGUGCAGAUGUAUAUGCAUUUGAAGAAAAAUAGGAAGUUGGAGCUCACUUAUAUGGAUAAGGAUGAUAAAGCAAGGAUGAAAGCUAAAGAAAAGAAGGCAGAGGAAUGGAUCUCUAAAAACCAACUUCCUGAUCAUAUGAAGAAAGAGAUCAUGUCCUGUAUAAGACAAAAACUGGGAAAAAAGGAAGAUAUUGAUACUGAGAAUCCAUUCCCUCAUCUUCCCAAACAUCUUAGUACAGAGAUUAGGCGCCAUCUUUGCUUGCCCCAGCUAAAGAAAGUGCCAAUGUUUCAAGAAAAAAGUGAAAAGCAGUUGCAUUUAAUCUGCGACGAGCUCAAACAAGUGUACUACAAUGAGGAUAGCUAUAUUGUUCGGCAGGGAGAACCCCUUGACCGGAUGCUCUUCCUGACACAAGGAUAUGCGUUGAAAUUCAGAAGUGGGGAAACAGCUUUGAGGAGGAGCAUUGGGAAAGGUGACUUCAUUGGAGAACAACUUCUAACAUGGGGUUUUAAUGGCUCCUCCGCACCCAACCUAUCUGAGCUCCCAAUAUCUACAGAAACAAUCAAAACCCAUAACAAAGUUGAAGCCUUUGCUCUAUUGGCCAACGUCUUGAGGACUCUAGUUCCCAAGGUGCAGGAAGUAGAUACUGUUAAAAGCGAAGCUGUCCAAAAAAACACUCCAGUUGAAGGUAAUCUUGAAAGUUAUUACACGGCACUUCAGAGGCAUGAACACUUGAGAAGUGAAAUCGAAGAAGGGGAUUUGGUAGAUUAGGGCAUCGUCUGGGCCUUGGGCCAGGAAGGAAUAAACGGGACUUGUGCAGUAGCACGGGGGCUGUGCUAGGUUCUGAAGUUGUAGCUGAAUAAUAAUGGGCUGAGCCCAUGGGCUUGCGAGUCCAUUAUAUGAGUAUCUUUCAUUUAAUGUUUAGUCACAAUCUGUAGCUUUAUUAUAGUUUCCGUUCGCAGAGGCUAUAUCCUUGUAUUCCUGCAGCCGGGUUUGUUAUGUCAGACCUAUGCAUAUUCAUAUUUUCCUAUUCUCUCUAUCUCUCUGAUUUCUUGGAGGAACCCACCCUCGAAGCUGAGCACCCAUUCGCUCAUCUCCUGUAUUUAUCUUUAUCAAUUACACAAUCCAAAACUAGUGUUACAAGUGGUA